CUUUUCACCCCCUAAAUCUGAACCUUCGCUACUAGUAAAACAAACAUGUAUUUAAUAUUCAUGUCGAAUAUUGUAUAAUUGCAAGUUUUAUCAAAAUUGAAAGGAGAGAGGGAAGGUGUAGUUGAUUAACAUUAUUUGAUAUAAGAAUAUUGACUUAUAAGAUAGUAAGUAAAUAGGUAUUGAUUUAUGAGGAUGCGAAUGUGUUUUAUUUUAUUCGAGAGAGUGAUUUCGUGAAAAAACAACCGAGUAAAUAUUACCAUAAACGCACAAAAUAUCAUUAAUUCGUUCGCUAUCAACACCCAACUGCCAUUUCUUCUUUGAUGAAAUAUAACUUCAGGCUAUAUGUAUAUCUUAUUCGUAUAUUAUAUCGUUUUUUAAAUUAUAUAAAAUAAAAAAUUACAAUUUCGUACAGGAAAUAUGAAAUAUUUUCAUUCUUCACAAAAAUGUAUUAAGGUACUUGGGUGGAAAAUUGAUUAGUUUAAAAGAAAUCUUAGGGAAAGACCUCGAAGCUUUCCCCCUCUCUCCCUGAGAUAUCUUUUUAACUAAUCAAUUUUCCUUCCAAGUACCUGAAUACUUUUUUUGUAGAGCAUAAAAAAUUCCAAUAAAAUUACAAAAUUUUUAUUUAUUCGCAUAAUUUAUCAUUUUUCUUUACGUUUUAUGGAACACGUCAUAUAGGACGAUGAGUCAAAAUCCGGAAUUCUGAAAUGAUAAUAAAGGAAACAAUACGUUAAAAUAACAACCACUGGUAUGCAUCUAAAAUUGUUAGAUAACAAGGUACUGACGAAAAAAAGAGGAAAAAUUAAUGGUGAUGAUUACAUGAAAAUUUGUAGAAAAGCUGGUUCAAAGAUGUUGGAUACAAGGUUGUUAUUGUGAUUGAGAUGGUAGGGAUAUAUCGAAGAUCGGUGAAUCGAUAUAAAAGAAGAGCGAAUACUAAAGCAGUGCCAGUUUUAGUAACUUUCUUUUAGGUAUCACGUGGAAAAGUAAAUUUCAUUUAGUGCCUCGUACUCUUCGCAUGCGGAUCUAUAAACCAUAUAUAUAUAGCGCAGACAGAAAAAAAAUGCUUUUUGGAGCAUUAAUAGUAGUUACUUCUAUCUGGACAACGAAUGGAUAUCCUCCCACACCUCCAACUGACAUAGUACUUCAAGAUUCUGCACAACAGGAAGUGAUAUUUCAAAGUCCCGAACAACAGGGGGCCAUAUUUCAAACUUCUGUACAGGAAGUCGAGCAAGAACCAUUUAAUGACGAUUUCUUCCCUUACGAUGAUUCGAAAGCAACGUCAUUUUCAGGACAAGGGACAGAAUUCACCAUUAGCUGCGUGGGGGUGAAUAAAAUUUGCGUCAAUAAACAUGAUUGUAUAGAUGGUUACAUUCAUGUUGCUAACAAUGUCGCUUAUUCCCUAUCUACCAAGAAGGGGCAAUGUAGAGUCCAAACGGAAGUUUGUUGUAUAGUAGCAGAAGAAUAUCAGGGGUCAACUGUGAAGACUGUACCAUUAGAACAAGAGUUAAGUAGCGGUACUAAUAUAGGAAUCAAAGUCAGCCCUCCAUUUAAACCGAGCCAGAAAGAAAGUGGUGGAAUCUCAAGUUCGCAGUCGACUGAAGGAAUUGCUAUACAAAGUGCGUUUGCAGCAGCAAUUCCCGUGCAAGUUGGUUGUGCGGCAGCUCUUCUUUGCGUUGAAGAGAAAUUUUGCACCGCAGAUGGUACAAUUAGUCCGGAGCCUGUUACGUUGUCUGGUAGACAACUGUUCAAUCGUGUACCACUAAGCAGUUGUAAAAAUCGAGAAAAUGGAAUAAUCGGCAAGUGCUGCCGAGAUCCAAACUACGUGGAUCCUUGGCCCACCGGAAAUCUACCUGCAAAUUACUCCGGUGGCUUCGACGAGCAAGGAUUUCCCACGUUUCUGAAUAUCGCUAAAGUGAAGGCAAAUAAAACACCUACGAAGACACCUACGAAAGGAGAAACGAAAUCUCCUCGUCCGCAGAUUCCUGUGCCAGUCGAACAAAAACCAGAACCGGUACUGUUACCUGAAAAUUCCGUAGUUUCUUCAGAAAUUUUACUUCCACCAAUUGAAAAUGUUCCUGAAGAUAAACACGAUGAAAACAAGGUUAAUUUGGGACAACCUCAACAAAUAUGUGGAGUUAGAAAUCAGGUACCGCAAAAACUGAAAGAAUCGGAAACAGCUUUUGCCGAAAUUCCUUGGCAAGCGAUGGUUUUACACGCUGAAGAAAGGAAGAUUCUUUGUUCUGGUGCCUUAGUCAGCACACAGGAUGUAUUAACAGCUGCUAAUUGUGUCGAUAGCUUGUUGCCAAAUGAUAUUUCCAUAAAAUUAGGAGAAUGGAAAUUAGGGUAUGAAGUAGAGCAGGAAGAACCACUUCCUUAUAAAAUUAUGAAUGUAUCAUACAUAAAUAUACAUCCUGGGUACACAAGAGGUCUUGGAGAACAUGAUCUUGCAAUUUUACAUUUAGAGCAGCCUACAGCAUUUGAUUAUCAUAUAAAUCCUCUUUGUAUACCAAACACAAAGCCUCCAUUACAACAAAAUAGACCUUGCAUCAGCACUGGUUGGGGAAAAUCCAUCCUUCAAGCUCAUUAUGCUGGAGCAAUCAUGCAUGCAGUUAGUAUGGACAUACUUCCACAAGAAUAUUGCAAAGAACAAAUAGCAAAUAGUGACUUAAGAGUGAAUACUAUAGAUGGAAGUAUUUGUACUACACCUAAGGAGGAACAAAAUAAUGUUUGUGAAACAGAUGUUGGAGGACCACUAGCAUGUGAAAAUGAGAAUGGUCUUUAUGAGUUAGCUGGAAUUUAUAGUCAAGAUACAGGAUGCCAAGCAACAAAUCAAGUUGCCAUUUUUGCUCCAUUAGAUGACAAAUGGAUAAAAGAGACAAUGUUUAAAUCAAUACCAAGUGAAACCAUAACAAUACAAAGAGAAACAAGCACGCAAUAUAAAGGUUUAUUAAUUUCAAAUGACUAUAGAGAAAGUACUUUAUCUGCAGAUAAUCAGUAUCUACCUCCAAAUUAAAAAUCCAUUAACCAGUAUAUUUGUAUUAUAUAUUGUAUAUUUUAAUUGUUCAUAAAAUAGAUAUUUUUAAGGAAAGCAAUAAAAGAACUUACCCUUUUAAUUAUUGUACAAAAGAUAUUACCAAUAGAAUAUGUUAUGUAAUU